GGGUGGGGGUGAAGAGGGUAAAGGGGUAAAAGGGGCGGGGUGGAGCCGGGUAAGAGUGAAGCGGUCAGGGGGAGGGUCUGCGAGCCCGGGACACAAUUCGCACCACUCUCAGGGCUUGUGUCCGCUUGGGGGGAGGGUUUCCAACGCCCGAACAGUUGCAGUAGAGCAUUUCAGGGCUCACAUAGCAAAAGAUUGUCAGGAGAGAGGGAGACGGAGCGCGGAGGUGCCGGAAGUGUCUGCAAGCAGCCGCGGGGCCGCCGCCGCCGCCGCCGCCGCCGCCGCAGCAGCUACAGCAGCUGUAGCCGCCGUAGCCAGAGAAACUUUCCAGUUUUAGCCUAGGAGCCGGGAGACUGAGGAGCCCUCCAUGCCCCGGAGCAACAAUGCAACCAUAUGACAGCCACCUAAUUGGACCCACUCCUUUGCUAUCCGCCUGCACUUCCCCUCCCUCAUCCCCUCCGGUGGAGAUUGAGACAGGGGGGAACUGCUGUAAUCCCUGCAAAGAAGCGCCCCGAGGAGGUGCAGGAUCGGGGGAGGGGGGCCCCCAUUUUCUGUGCACCUUUCCCUGCGCGCUCUGGCCCUCCUCCUGCCGCCUUCCUGCUUCGGUUCUAGGUCUGUCCGGAGUUAGAUUCCCUAAUUGGCUUUCUUUCCUACUUGACCUGAAGAGUCCCAGGCUGCUGUCGCCGGCGUCGCGUCUGUGCCAUGGGGCUGCCCACUCUGGAGUUCAGUGAUUCCUACUUGGACAGCCCAGACUUCAGGGAGCGUCUGCAGUGUCACGAGAUUGAGCUGGAACGAACUAAUAAAUUCAUUAAAGAGCUCAUCAAGGACGGAUCUCUGCUUAUUGGGGCUUUGAGAAAUCUGUCCAUGGCCGUACAGAAAUUUUCACAGUCUUUGCAAGAUUUUCAGUUUGAAUGUAUUGGAGAUGCUGAAACUGAUGAUGAAAUUAGUAUUGCUCAGUCAUUAAAAGAAUUUGCUCGAUUACUUAUUGCAGUAGAAGAAGAAAGGAGAAGACUGAUUCAAAACGCUAAUGAUGUAUUAAUAGCCCCACUGGAAAAGUUUCGGAAAGAACAGAUUGGUGCUGCAAAAGAUGGAAAGAAGAAGUUUGACAAAGAGAGUGAGAAAUACUAUUCUAUUCUUGACAAGCACUUAAAUUUGUCAGCAAAGAAAAAGGAGUCUCAUUUGCAAGAGGCAGAUACGCAAAUUGACCGAGAACAUCAAAAUUUCUAUGAGGCAUCACUUGAAUAUGUCUUUAAAAUACAAGAAGUUCAAGAAAAGAAAAAAUUUGAAUUUGUUGAACCGCUUUUGUCUUUCCUUCAGGGAUUAUUCACCUUUUACCAUGAAGGAUAUGAACUGGCUCAGGAAUUUGCACCCUACAAGCAGCAGUUGCAGUUCAAUUUACAGAAUACAAGAAAUAAUUUUGAAAGCACUCGUCAAGAGGUAGAGAGAUUAAUGCAGAGAAUGAAAUCUGCAAAUCAAGAUUACCGUCCUCCAAGUCAAUGGACAAUGGAAGGGUAUCUUUAUGUACAAGAGAAACGACCUCUUGGCUUCACAUGGAUUAAACAUUACUGUACUUAUGAUAAAGGAAGCAAAACAUUCACAAUGAGUAUUUCAGAGAUGAAGUCCAGUGGAAAAGUGAACGGUCUUGUCACUAGCUCACCAGAGAUGUUUAAAUUAAAAUCUUGUAUCCGAAGAAAGACAGAUUCAAUCGACAAACGAUUCUGCUUUGACAUCGAGGUGGUUGAAAGACAUGGAAUCAUUACAUUGCAAGCUUUCUCAGAAGCAAAUAGGAAACUAUGGCUUGAAGCAAUGGAUGGAAAAGAACCGAUUUAUACUCUGCCUGCCAUUAUUAGCAAGAAGGAAGAAAUGUACUUAAAUGAAGCUGGAUUCAACUUUGUGAGGAAGUGCAUUCAAGCUGUAGAGUCUAGAGGUAUCACCAUUUUAGGGCUCUACCGAAUAGGAGGUGUGAACUCCAAGGUCCAGAAGUUCAUGAACACCAUAUUUUCUCCUAAGUCUCCUCCUGAUAUUGAUAUUGAUAUUGAACUGUGGGAUAAUAAAACAAUUACAAGUGGACUAAAAAACUACCUCAGGUGUCUCACUGAACCACUGAUGACUUAUAAGUUGCACAAGGAUUUCAUUGUUGCUGUUAAAUCUGAUGACCAAAACUACAGGGUGGAGGCAGUCCAUGCAUUGGUGCACAAAUUACCAGAAAAAAACAGAGAGAUGUUGGACAUCUUAAUAAGACAUUUAGUCAAAGUAUCACUGCAUAGCCAGCAGAAUCUCAUGACUGUCUCCAAUCUUGGAGUCAUCUUUGGUCCAACUCUGAUGCGGGCGCAGGAAGAGACAGUAGCUGCUAUGAUGAACAUCAAAUUCCAGAACAUUGUGGUUGAGAUUCUGAUAGAGCACUAUGAGAAGAUAUUCCAUACUGCACCAGACCCAAAUAUUCCUCUUCCUCAGCCUCAAUCCCGGUCGGGGUCCAGAAGGACAAGAGCCAUUUGCCUUUCGACAGGCUCAAGGAAGCCCAAAGGGAGAUAUACCCCAUGCCUGGCAGAACCAGAUAGUGAUUCAUACAGCAGCAGCCCAGAUAGUACACCUAUGGGUAGCAUAGAAUCACUCUCCUCUCACUCAUCAGAACAAAAUAGCACUACUAAGUCAGCUUCUUCCCAGCCACGGGAAAAAUCUGGAGGCAUCCCCUGGAUUGCAUCUCCACCACCUUCCAAUGGACAGAAAAGCUCAGGGCUCUGGACAACUAGUCCAGAAUCAAGUUCUAAAGAAGAUGCAUCCAAAACAGAUGUGGAAUCUGACUGUCAGAGUGUUGCAUCAGUUACUAGCCCAGGGAACAUUUCCCCACCAAUAGAUCUGGUCCAAAAGGGGCCUUAUGGACUAUCAGGACUGAAGAGAUCUGCAGCUUCCUCCCUCAGAUCGAUCACUGCAACUGAAGGAAAUAAAAGCUACAGUGGAUCCAUUCAAAGCUUAACUUCCAUAGAUUCCAAAGAGACACCCAGAGCGCCACCAAAUCCUGACCUUCCUCCAAAAAUGUGUAGGAGAUUGAGGUUAGAUACUACGUCAAGCAAUGGAUAUCAGCGCCCUGGUUCAGUAGUGGCGGCUAAAGCCCAACUGUUUGAAAGUGCUGGUUCACUUAAGCAGGUUUCUGCUGGACGCCAAGCUAAAGCCAUGUAUUCCUGUAAAGCUGAGCACAGUCAUGAACUCUCCUUCCCACAAGGGGCAAUAUUUUCCAAUGUCUACCCAUCAGUGGAACCUGGAUGGUUAAAAGCAACUUAUGAAGGCAAAACAGGACUAGUUCCAGAAAAUUAUGUUGUCUUCCUCUAAUUACAGUUAGUAGAUGGCAGUAUCUUCAUGGUAUCCAUGGUAACAAUAAUAAUUAUAAACGCUAUGAUUUUAUCUGACACAGAUACGGGGAUCAGCCCACUCAAUGAAAAUGGUUGAUUUCUGUCAAGUUCUUUACUGGCAGUUUGUACAGCAGCCCCGUCAUUGAAACAAAAUGUAUUUAAAUUGUUGGCCUGUCUUUUCAAACUAGCACUCUGUUCAAAUGACUUGCUUUUUGAUAAAGAGAAACCAUACACCUUUUUUUUUAAACAUAACAGUGGCAGAAUUGGAAAUAGAAAUACUGAGUUGGUCAUCCAGUCCAGGCAACUUAUAGCCCAAGAAACUGCUACAAGAUUUUUGGGAGUCCUGACCAAAUAUAUUCAUCCGUAACCCACUGCUCCCUGAAGUAUCUAGAAAUCACGUGUCAUAAUAUAAUUUAAAUUGUAUAUUUUUGUCUCUUGGAAAAAAAAAGGUAUUGAGUUGACUUUUCUUUAUACUUCACUUUUUGCUGGUCCUUAGCAUUUCAAGGAAGUAGAUUUGCAACAUCACUUUAUGUUUAUUUGUUAUCUGAGGAGAUGAUAAUAUUCAUAUGCAAUAAUGCGUGUUGUCUAUGUAAAUGAGGCCAAAUUAGGUUAUACACUGAUCCAGAAUGUGAUUAUUCUCUCUCAACAGCUUCUUAAUUUUAUCUAUUUUACUACCAAAAGCCCCUUGAGAAUAGGGACUGUGGCUUAUUUAUCUUGGAAUUUAUCUUAGUGUGUUGCACAUAGUAGGCACUCAAUAAAUUUUUUUUUAAUGGAUAUCUCCUUUACUUCUAGAUUUUUACCCCUUUGUAUAAAUAUAAUUAUAAAAAAAAUUUAUUUAUAUCCUGCUUGAGGUCUGAUAGGGGCUCUUCACAGAAACAAUUCUAAAGCCAAUAAAACACCAAUUAGAUGUGACUACACAAUAUAAGCCAAUUAUAUAUGAACACACAAUGUAAAAACACAGACCCAGAUGCCACAUAACAUUACUAUAAGAUUUCAAAAUGCCUUAUGACUGUUGGAGUUAUUUUUUCUGAGUUUUUUUCUACAGAUGACACAGGUCUUCUGUGAAGACAUUAGAUGGGCAAGCUAUAUAUUCUAAAGAUUAUACUGAACUGAAAAAGAAAUAUAAAGCCAUAUACUGUUUAAAUUGGGUUAUCUUAGCUUCUUCCAUCUCUCUUGCACUACAGUAGUAUCUGGGGCUUGGUAAUCUUUUAUAUCAUUUUGUUUGUAAGCUUUAUUUUCUUGGGGAUUGUAUUGAAUUGUCAAUGAGUACAAAUCAGAAAGGAAAGUAUUGGCUUAUCAAGUUUAGAAUUAGAUAUCUAGCACCUUAUGAAGCAUACAAUUGCCUCUUGUUUUGCAGAAAUGGUUGUCCUUGCUAUAUGUUGGUCCUUAGAGCUCUUCUCUUCACUAUGGAGAGAUAUCUCAAGGAUUCUUCCACCUAGCUGACUCAUGGAAGCAGGGAACAAGGCCAUGACCCCAGCCAAGCUUGGUGAAUUUGCCGUAUUAUUUUGCUGGCAAUAUCAAUAUUUCCCACAGGCAGAGAUAAUAAGGUGUUGACUGGGUGGAUCUCACUCUAUAUUAUCAUUGGUGAUCUUGGUCUGUUGUAAAGUGACUUUCCUAAGGCAAACAGGAUAAAAUAUACUCAAUUGCAGAAAAGCUAUGCCAAAAAAUACUUAGGCUUUUAAAAUUGAAAAUGGAAUAAAGGUUUACAAUUGAAAAGAGAGAGAGAGAGAGAGAGAGAGAGAGAGAGAGAGAGAGAGAGAGAGAGAGAGGAGAGACACACACACAAACAGGAGACAAAAUGUUCAUGGCUGGAAAGCAAGUGUGUUUGGUAAAAGAUGAAUGCUACAGACAUAAUGAUUUUGUAAUAUUACAAGAAUCAGUGCUGACAGUGUUUUAUAAAACAUGUAAUUGCUGAGACAUCAUGGGACCAGGAAUCACAAGACCUAGCUUCUAAUCCUGGUUCUGAGUUGUCUUACGUUGGGGAACUUAAGCAUUUAAACCCCUCUGGGACUUUGUUACCUCAUUUGUAAAAUGAUAAAAUCCUUUUUUGCACUAAAUCCUGAAUCUUGUUUAAUGACACUAACAUCAGCAUCAACAUUAAUAACAUUAUAUUCCUUGUAAAGAAUCCAUGUAAGUACAUGAAUACCAUUUGGUUUCAUUUUCUCAUUUGCCCAUAGCCCCUUGUUAAGCAUGCAGGGACUCUUCACUCUCUGUUACUGACAUCUACUGUUGCUUUCUCUGCCCUGUAUCAAGUUUUUCCUUACAGCGCCUUUCUGAUGAGAGCAAUGUUUGUAAUGUAUUCUUUGCUCAUUUUCUGGAACAAUAAUUUCAAUAACAAUUAUAAUUAUUUCCCUGUGUAUUAAAUAUCUUACCAGUAUCGUGACCUGGAUCAAAAGUUUUAAUCCUCUUGAUAUUCUUGCAUGUUUAUGAUAUACUUUAGUCAUACAUGACAUAGUCGCAUUUUAUAGCCCUUCCUUCAUUUGCCAAAAAGUAGUCAUGGGUUAUCUCUUUUGAUUCACUUAAAAGUAACUUGUGAAAAUCUCUUUUGAACAUACAUAUCCCAUAAUGCAAGAAAGUCUCUUCAAGUGGGUUAGUUUGUUCUUUCCCCAAGGCCAUCUUUCCUUUAAUAAAGGAUUCAGAACUGAAAUGUGCCUGCUGUUCAGUCAAGAAAUCUCAGCCUACUUUUGAUUUUAAACACAAACCAAAUGUCAUCACAUUCAAAUUCACUGUAACAUAAUUGAAGUGUAGUAGGGCUUAAUGGGUCAUUUUUGAACUUGGUUCGUAUGAGGGUCGUGCACUACCAGGCGAAAGGUUGCAGCCAGCUUUCUUUCUUGCUAAUGGAGCUUCAUAGUCUGCUGCUGUUCUUUCUCUGUACAUUUUCCUAACUAUUUUAUAGACUUAAUGUGCUUAUUCAUAAUAUGCUACACCUUAGCGAUUUCAACCUGGUUGCUCUGUCCCAGCAGCUGAACUUUCUUCAUCUUUAUUGCUCGCAAAAUCAGAUCUGUUUUCCAAAGCCAUGUUGCAAAUGAGACUAAAGUGUCUAAAGAGCAAGGCUACAUGAAUUGCAUGACUCCAAGUAUCAGGGAAAUCUGAAAAUUAUAGAACAAGAAAUAGUGAUGUGGAGGCAGCCAGGCACAGAGUGACCUUGAAGUUUGGAGUACCUGGUUUCAGGUCCUGCCUCUUGACACAUGGUGGCCACCUAACCACAGAUGCAUCACUUAACUUCUAUGUCCCAGUCAACUCUCUGACUAUAAGUUAUAGUUGCCGGUAUACGUGUUUGGGGAGUUUUCCCCAGAGUUCCUUGUAAUGAUAAAUUGGAGUUCCCUACACCACGGCUGUCAAACUCAAACAGAAAUAGGGUUAUAUGUAUAUAGCAAUCCCUUUGGGCUACUUACUGACUUUGAAAAACACAUUAUCUAUGUUCUAUUGUCUUUCUUUGUUGUUGUUGUUGUUAAAAACAUCCUAAUUACAUUUUAAUCUGGUUGGGCUGCACUCAGGAGUGUUACGGGCCAUGUGUGUGACACCUCCGCCCUAUACCAAUGAAGUAAUGGAUCUGGACCAAUGAUAACGUAGUCCCAAAAUUGGUGAUCCAGGAAGUAAUUUUAAUAGAAUUUGAAAAACAUCUCACUUAUAAGCAGAGGCAUGUGACUACAAUAAAAUUGUAUUUUUCAGUUUUUGUAAAUGCUUUGUGGUUUAACCAUAACAACGGUUGGUUGCCUAGUAAUCAUUGUGAAAUUGGCAUGUGUCACUUAUUUAUGACGUGUGCAAAGUAUCUCCAUGCAAACUCUGUGUCUCUCCUACAUGUAGCUGUUUUUCUUAUGUCACUACACCCUGAAAGUAUAAUUCAGUAGAACUAACAAAUAGUCCAAAAUAGUACUGUAUUUUGUGACAGGAGAAUGUCCAAAGUCAGUCUUAUCUUUGCCUAGAGGUCUCUUUAGCCAAAAGAUAGCUGACUACUUUCUCUGCGAGUUUGUUGCAAGUAUUUUUGUUGUUUAGGUAUGCACCGUCUUACUGUUCUGUGUUCCCAGAAGUGGAAUGGUUAUCAUUAACCAAAUUAGAUUUCUUGAUAAUCUGUAUCCUUUCUUAUCCUGUACUACUCUUUUCUUAUCCUAUCCCUACCCCUUUGUAGAAGCCAGGGAGAAAAAUCCUCACCUAAUAAUUCACCAUUAAUCCCUCUUAAACUGAGGAAAUAAAGAUACCAUAUGUUUUUUUUCCUUAUAUUAUAGACCACUAUUUAAUUUCAAAUAUUUAAGUUUUAGAGAAAUACUAGCAUUAUCCCUGAAAGCCAUCAUUUCACUUCUGUGACAUACUCCCUGUCUACAGUGUUCAUGGCGUUUGGUGACAAAGACAUAGAACUCUGACUAUGGAUGUAACUUCAGAAUGACUUUAUAGACUGCAGAGCCCCAAAAGUAUCUAAUCACAUAAUUAUGUUUUAUAGGCACAGAAGCCAUAGCACUCAAUUCUUAUGUGUACACAGUAUACAUUUACUUUGGUUUCACAACUAUAUUUGAAACUUACCUAUGGUAAUCAUAGACUAACUUUUAGAUAGAUGUUCCUCAAACCAAAAGUCUCCCCAAAUGAAUUCAUAUUCAUCUUUAAAAAAAAUCCAGACUUUUCUAUGAAAGACAUAUAACAAGGCCCAGGCACAUUAAGUGAUUGAUGUGUAUUAAUGUCCAAAUCAGUGGUACGUGGUACCUGUGAUCACAUUCCUAGUGGACAUUAACGAUUGCACACCUGACCCCAUCACCACACAAAAUGUCCUAAUACUGAAAACAGUGGAUUUUCUUUGAUAGUAGCUUCACAAGAACCUAUGCACAUUCAGAUAUACACAAGAGCUUUUGAAGAAAACAUUAUGGCUGAUUUUAUACAAGGUUGUUAGAUGUUCUUUUCUCUCUCUCUCAAUAAAUUAUGCCAAAAUUAAUACAUUAGGGGCAUUAUCUCAGGAUGAAAGGCAGAAAUGAUUUGAACUUAGCCAAAUCUUUGAAAGCCAUUUUGUGGAAAAUUUCUUCCAAAUGCGCGCGCGCGCACACACACACACACACACACACACACACACACACACAUGAUUAGAGCAUGACAAUGACCAAUUUUCCUUGUCCCUCUUUGAGGUUAGUUUUCUAUGACUAAUACAGAGAAAAAUGCAGGUUGUGCUUGUACCAACCUGUUUCAAACAACAGAGGUAAUUUUCUAUUCUAAGCAUCUAAUUGUUUUAUUUCAAUGAAUUUAUUCUUUCUAUAGCAUGAGCCACUGCAGGUAUUAAAAAACCACCUGUAUUGUUAGCUGAGUUAGACAUCUCCCUUCUCAUUCUGACUUCAUUGGCUAACUUUGGGCAAUUACAUAACAGAAAUCAUGGUUGCCUUUGUUUCUAAAAGAGGCUUUCCCUUUGAGAUAUAGAGUGCUCAGUUUUGUUUUGCAGUUUUUAAUGUCCCCCAAAUUAAUGGGAUUUCCCCCAUAUGUGGCCCCAUGUCAGGAGUUAUAUAUCUACUUUUGCUAUCUUCCACAGUGCUUCUUCCCUAAUUGAAGACACCACACCAACUUCCACAGAUUGUCAUAAUACUUCCUGCACAUUAUACUCGGGGUCAGCAGUAAUCCUUAGCUACUGGUGUCUAAGACUGCAAAAUUGAUCUUAAACUCUGAGGUGAAACCUUUGCAAUGCAAGGUCAUGGUUUGGCAGGGAAGAUGACAGGGUUUCCAAUUCAGAAUCCUAUUUAUAGUUUUUAUUUUGGAGGUACUGGAGUUUUAAUCACUCCUAAAUGUUUAGAUACUAUAUUUCAGUCCUAGGAAUUUCUCUACAGCCAUUUAUUAACGUGACAAACUGUAAUAUUGUAUGUGAGGAAAAAAAAUGUACUCCAGUAAAUUAUCAUAAUGCAUUUUUUGUUUAUUUUGUAGUGUUUCUGUAUUUAUCUGCACUUUGUAUAUAUACAAACACACAUGUAAAUAACCUGAUUAUCUCUAAUCUAAAUGGUCACAGUACCUUUGUUGUACUUUUACACUGUAUUUCAUGAAUUUAAAAAUACUUUAAAAUAAAUGACAUAUGCACAUUUUAA